AUGGCGAGCUUUUGCCAGGCGACGCGGCGAUGUGGACGCCGCUACGGCGGCGGCCGUGUAGGAGCCGACGGCGCUCCUGUCACGGUGGCGGGCGAGGCUCCGCCGGCGGCCAUAACAGAAGCGGCUGCGGCCCCGGCGGAGACGAAGGCAGCCAUGGCGGCGCCCAUCACGGAGCCCUCCCCGUCCGUGGCUCUGUCGGAGCUCACGGCGCUGCUCUCCCCGUCCUCCCCCGCCGCUCCCGAAGCAGCCGAGGCCGCUCUAGCCCUGUCUGGCAGCGCCUCAGGCCGGGCGCUGCUCGCUGAACAUCCCGCGGCCUUAUCGGCCUUGUCCGCCAUGGCCGCCUCGGCCUCGCGUGGAGCGCGGCCCGCCUUGGCCGCGCUGGUGAACGCCUCCUCCGAGCCCGCCGCGCUGGAGCCGCUUCUCGCCGCCGUCCCUUCGCUCCUCCCGCUCCUCCCCGGCUCCGGAGCGGCGUGCGGGGUGCUGGCCAACCUGAGCCGGGACGCGGCGGCGGCGCCGCGGGUGCUGCGGGCGCUGGGCCCCGGGGCGGAGGAGGCGCUGCUGCGGGCGCUGAGCGUGGAGCGGCCGCCGGCGGAGCUCGGGGCGCUGCUCUGCAACCUCAGCCAGGCCCCCGAGGGCCGCGGGGCGCUGCUGGAGCCCUCAGGGCGGCUGCUGGGGCGGCUCCUGUCGCUGCUGCGCUGCCCGGACACGGAGCUGAGGAGGGGAAUUGUGGGGGCGCUCAGGAACUGCUGCUUCCAGCACGAGCACCACGAGCGGCUGCUGAGCCCCGCGCUGGAGGCGCUGCCGCUGCUGCUGCUGCCCCUGGCCGGCCCCGACGAGCUCCCCGAGCACGAGAUGGAGCAGCUGCCCCUGGAGCUGCAGUACCUCCCCCCCGAGCACCAGCGCGAGCAGCAGCCCCAGAUCCGCCGGAUGCUCCUGGAAACGCUGCUGCUGCUGGCGGCCACCAAGGCGGGGCGGUGCCACCUGAGGUCCACGGGGACGUACCUGGUGCUGCGGGAGCUGCACGCGUGGGAGAGCGACGCCGCGGCGCUGCGCGCCUGCCACAACCUCAUCCAGGUGCUGAUCGGGGACGAGCCGGAGCCGGGCCUGGAGAACCUGCUGGAGGUGACGGUGCCCGAGCACCUGGAGCGGCUCCUGAGGGACGCGGACGGCAACGAGGAGCGCCCGGGCACGGGGACACACGGGUGACACCCAAAUGGCACCGAAAUGGCACCGGGGGACACCGGGAUGGAGCCAAAAUGGCACCGGGGGACAGCGAAAUGGCGCUGGGAUGGCACCGAAAUG